GGGACUGUUUCUUUUGCCAAUCAGAUUUCGUUUUCGUCUUCUUUGUGCAUGGCGAUGUUGACUUAAUACAUGCUGAUGAAGGUUUUUGAAUGAGCUUCUAUUUCCUGUGCUGCCAAAGGGUAUUGUUUGGGUGUGCGAGCGGCGGUUCGCGGGGAGACCUUGGGUGUGUUUUUAACCAAAUACUUCAAAGUCUUUGCAUGCAAGUGAAAGCCCGACCAAAGGUUGAUGCAAAUGACUGAGCUGUGUGAAGGACAAUCACUGGAGCGAACCGUGCGUGGUGCGGAGGGUGAGAAGUAAAUGUGGAAGGUAUGUAGGCGAACAAAAUUUGUGGCAUUUAGUAGAACACAUACCUCCCUCAAGGUUUAACUGUUAACCAAAUUUGCGGAAUGCCAUAAUGUAGCAUGUUUGUUUGUCCGUCCGUGAUGACAAGAAUGAACGAAGAAUUGAUGUGGAACAUGACAAAGGGUAAAUAUUAUGGAAUAUUUUACUUGAAACUGACUUAAAAUGAUUUCAAUAUUUUGAGAUAUGACAGAUGACAGAAACGAUGUUUCCGAAAAUAUGCCUGUGAGCGAGCCGUUCUUAAUUUUGACGGAUUGUGGCCUUUUUGGCCUAGUUUACAUAAUACCGUCCCAAGCAGAGUUUCUCAACCCAUGACUUGACAGCUCGGCGGGGCCGAAGAUCCGCCGAUUUCAAGCGAUGGUCGAAAUGUACUGCAUUAAUGACUAUCAUGUCAAAGCCAAAUGGUAAGCAGAGCUGCAUUUAGUUUUGUUAGAUGCACAGAUUUUUUUUUAGCUACCGAUAAGUGACACAUACUUGACUGUGACGUUGUCAACGCAGCUGAGGUAUUUUUCUUUGGCUACAUGUGCCACAUGCAUUGAUAAAGUUUUGUAUACGAAGUGCUGUUUCCAUUGUUGGGCACUUGUCCCAGUAGAAGCCGCUUGCCACAUUAAACUCUCUAGUUCUGCCACGGUUGUCGUGGUAACGAAAGCCAAACUAGGGCGGGUUGACCAGUCGCUCGUUUUCAUGAGACUGGACCCCCCCCAACCAAAAAAGGCUGAGUUCAGGGAGGUUUAAAAAAUGGUAAUGGUUCUGUAAUUCUUUAUCCUUCAGAUAUUUUAACAAAAGCACAUUGUAAUGUUAUUAAAACACCUGGGAACUGUUUAAAUAGUAAAAUAAUGCAUAUUAUUUUACUGACAAAAAUAAUGCAUAUUAUUUUACUGAGCCAAUUUUCCAUCAAAUUAUUGGAGUUGUUAGUAUUAAUUUGGCCUAAAAACAUGCUGAAAGCAGUGAAAUUAUUGCAAUCUGCAAUAUAAGUUACAUUUCAGUUCAAAACCAAAGUUUAACAAUGACCUUGUAAUUCGCAUCACACUCCCCGAGAUCGCGAUUGUAAAAGUUCAGACGUCAUUACUUGACAUGCCAUCUGCUGGGUUCCCAUUUAUGGUGGAGCUAACGCUUGCCUUGGUGCUCCAUUAAACACACCAUCUGUGAAUAUCAAUUGGGCCCCUUUAAUUAAGCUAAAAAAGGGAACCAAAACAUUAGCGCAAGCUCUCAGUAUGAUGCUACACAACUGCAAACUUCAACAGCGAAAACAUGCCCACUUCAUCCAAAACUAGCAUUACCCUAUUAUCUUUUACAGGGACAACUUUUGCAUUACAUUACAGUAGAUUGUGCAGAUGUAUCCUACAGUUUUGUUUUAAAGGUCCUGGUGUCUGUGUUCUUCUUCAAUCUCCUCCACGUCCUGGGCGUGGCGCCACUGAGGCAGUACAGUCAUCCACUGGCAGAGCGCCUCUUGGUGCCGUCCAUCUGCAGCAGCGCCUACGCCACGCUCACCAUGUGGGCCGAGGCCAGCAGCUCGUACGCUGGUCUCUUCCCGCUCGCCCUGCGGCCACUGCCUCUCAUCACGGUGGGCCUGAGCUUUGUGCUGAAGGUGACAGCGCCUCCGUCUGUCCACACUUCCAUCCUUGUGUCCAUCUUGACUGGGUUGGCGCUGGUCUUCACAGCCUGGCGUGGUCUAUCAGUCGUAGAGCCUCUGGAGUACAUGUAUGCGCCUCUGGGGGUCAUUCUGCUCAGUCUCUCCCUGACUUGGCUGUCCAAAGUGUCUGAGGCCGAGCACCGCCACCUGCCUACGGACAACCAAUUCUCCGCUUUGGACAUCUACUACACUCUGCUGGUGAACCAGUGCUGGCUGCUGGGCCUUCUGUGGACGUUGCACCCGGACGGCCCCCUGCUGUCGCUGAGUCGGGCCAGCUGGCACAGCCUGCUCUUCCACGGUUACCUGCUCGCCAUCUUGCUGCUAGGGAUGCUCCUCAACUUUGCGCUUGUCAUGACAGCGCUGUGCAUCUCACCGCUGGCUGCGGCUCUAUUACACUCGGCCAGGGAACUGUUGCACCCUUUUCUAUAGGUUUUAAAUUAUGGAUGGAUGGAUGGAUUAUUUCAUAUUUAUUACCUCAGUCAAUGAGGUUAUAGUCCUACCAUCUAUUAUUUGCUGGGCUGGGAUAUACAUGGGCCUUCAGUGGGGACUUACCCGACUUCAUACACCUCUUAAUACCGUCACUAUCACAUUACAAUUAUAGAAACCAUCAAUGCUAUACAAAAACACAAUAUAACAGAACAAUCUGUGCCACGUACAUCAUCGGGAGCAGUUGAGAAUCAAUAUUUAUCUAACAAAACAUAAAAAAAUACCCAUACCACACCCACAAGAGAUGCUAAUUAUUAAAUGUUUUAAUGUGUGCAGUUUGCUCCAGCCAUGUUUUGCUAGUCGAAUUUGACUAUAACAAGUCUUGUUCCAACCAACCAGAGGAUGGAAAAGUGCUGAUGUCGAGGGCCAGUUAGCUGGCCCUGUGAAGACGAAAACGAAAUCUGAUUGGCAAAAGAAACAGUCCCAUUAGAAAUAUAUAUGUAGUUUAAGCAUUGUUAAUUCUGAAGGCUCUGAGCAGAUUAGAUUGACAUGGCAACACAGAGGCUGAAAUCUGACUGACAAGAAAUUGUAACAUUCACAUGUACUGUAAGCAUUACAGCCAAGAGAAAUGUAAUGAAAUGAAGAGAGACUGUUGGCAAAAGAUCUAUGGAAUACUGUAUUAGAAUUUUGAAUGUUGGUCAGUGCUUUUCAUUUUGUUCAGUCCAGGAGAGAAGCCAUCGCUGGCCUGGAAUACCCACUGGUAAAAGAAAGUUUUAAAACAAGGCACUUUCAUUGCAAAAACAUUUAUUUCAUUACUGCCAACCAAAUGUUAAGCAGUGUCAAAUUAUCUCUCUUUGAUGUAUUUUACGUUAUAUAAUAACUGCAGAUGCAUCUAGAGCGUACCAAAUUGUUCAUUCUUCCUUUCGCUUUGAGUAACAACUUUUCCUCACUCAUUAUGGACUCACUGGCCGCUAUGAGCGGUCCGAGUUUGGGGGGAGGUGUAUCCCCAGACUCUGCAGCAAGUUGGAGGCGGGUCCGGUCAGCCCAUCCUGGCAGCUGAGAGACUCCAUAAGGUUGCUGACCAGGUUGAGGUCCACGUCGAGAGGCUGGAUCUCCGCAUCCUCAACCGGGUUCAGGAGGCCCUCUGUGGCCGGUGGAUGGGCGGACGGAGACGUCUGAGGAGAGGAAAGCUGUUUUCAUCUGUGUGGGUUUCUGCAGUUACUUGUGCAACUUCCCUUACAGUAUAUGGCUGUCUAAAUUAAGACCUGUGAAUAUAACUGAAGCCAUCCAUUGAUUUUGGAGGUGGUAUUUGUUAAGUGUGAAAUACACACAAUAAGUAUUGUAUCAUAAAAGCCUAAACAAAUACCAUUAAAAAAAAUUACUAACUUACUAACA